CAAAGAAAAGCAACAGUUUAAUGCACUAACAUUAUUAAAUGGAAAAGCUGCAGGAGUCAACAAACCAGCUUGGUUCUGUGGCUACAAAUAUACAAGGCAAUUGCACUGUGUAUUGCUUCUGGCUGGGGUCAGAUCACUGGUAAAGGCUGAACUGAUUAAAGGCAAAGUAACUCAAAGACUCCUUCAAAGUCAAGUUUAAGAGCUGGGGGGGUGGGGAGAUGUGCCUGUACUGUGACCCAGGUCAGGACACGGGCUGGCGAUGGAAUGCGAGUCCCGCCGUCCCUGCAUCCCGGUCUGGGGGAGCGCACCCCGCAUCCCGCCCCGCGCUCGCUGGGGACCAGAGCUGUCCAGGGUGGACGAUGUGCUGUCCAAUCCUCCGCGUCCCCCUCUCCCGCUGUCUCCACCCCGUUCUCAGCCGUUCCCUCCCCGAACCGCAUCCCCGGGGCGGGGCCGCCCAUGCGCGGGGCCGGGAGCGGGGCCGGGGCUCCGCCGCUUCCGGGCGGGAGCGGCAGCGGGAGUGGGAGUGGGGCUGGGUCCGGGGGAUGCCGCUGCCGGGCGGUGCCCCCCCCGGGGCCAUGGGCUCGGCCGUGGGGCCCAUGAGCCUGCGGGACCUGCUGCUGGCGGCCGAGGCGGGCGGCGCGGCGGGCGGCGAGGAGGAGGUGUGCGUGGUGGGCAUCUUCGGCAAGACGGCGCUGCAGCUCUGCUCCGAGAAGGAGGCCCUGGUGAGCACCGUGUGCGACCGGCAGGUCUUCCCGCUGUUCCCCGAGGAGGAUCCCGAGCCGGCGGACGGCGCGGCGGGGUCCGAGGGUGACCCGGCGAGCAAGGACUACAACCAGCUGCAGGCGUACUACAGCCAGGAGAGCCGCGUGCUGUACCUGGUGCUCACCUCCAUCUGCGACACGCCGCAGCUGCUCCGCGCCUGCGGGGACCUCACCGCGGCCGAGAACAGGGAGGCUGGGCCCGGACACCCCUCGGGAGGCCCGGCCCCGCUGCCCCACGCCGAGGCCCACGAGUUCUGGAAGCACCAGGAGAAGCUGCACUGCCUGAGCCUCCUCUACCUGUUCUCCGUGUGCCACAUCCUGCUGCUGGUGCAUCCCACCUGCUCCUUCGACAUCACCUACGACCGCGUGUUCAGGGCGCUGGACGGGCUGCGGCAGAAGGUGCUGCCCUCCCUCAAGGCUGCCAUCAAGGACUGCCCGGUGGGCAAGGAGUGGAAGCUCAACUGCAGGCCGUGCCCUCCGCGCCUCCUCUUCCUCUUCCAGCUCAACGGGGCUCUGAAGGUGGAUCCCCUCCCCAGCAGGGGCCAGGACCCCUGCAGUCACCUGGAAAAGCCACCCCCCAAGAAGCACUCCCCCAAGAGGAGGCUGCAGCACGCUCUGGAGGAUCAGAUCUACCGCAUCUUCCGCAAGAGCAGGGUGCUCACCAACCAGAGCAUCAACUGCCUGUUCACCGUGCCUGCCAACCAGGCUUUCGUGUACAUCGUGGCUGGGGGGCCCCAGGAUGGAGAUGACCCGGUGGCCAUGCUUCUCGACCAGCUCAGGAGCAACUGCACCAUGAGGGAGACCGACUCGCUGCUGACUCCCACGCUGUCGGGGCCCAGGAGGUACCAGAUGAUGCGGCACGGCCGGCAGCAGCUCUCCUUCCACGCAGAGAGCAGCAGCUCCAGCUCCAGCUCCUCUGGGCAGCUCGUGGACUGCACCCUCAAGGAGUUCUUGUGGCAGCACGUGGAGCUGGUGCUCAGCAAGAAGGGCUUCGAUGACAGCGUGGGGAGGAACCCGCAGCCCUCCCACUUCGAGCUCCCAACCUACCAGAAGUGGGUCGCUGCAGCUUUGAAACUGUACGAGGUGACCAUCGAGGGCAAAGACGACGACCCCACCUCUGGGGAGCUGAGCUCCAAGAUCAUGAGCAGCAUCAAAGUCUUGGAAGGCUAUUUAGACAUAGACACCAAGUUCUCAGAAAACCGUUGCCAGAAGGCUCUGCCCAUGGCCCACAGCGCCUACCAGUCCAACCUGCCCCACAAUUACACCAUGACGGUGCACAAGAACCAGCUGGCCCAGGCUCUGCGGGUGUACAGCCAGCACGCCCGGGGCCCGGCCUUCCACAAGUACGCCAUGCAGCUCAACGAGGACUGCUACAAGUUCUGGAGCAACGGGCACCAGCUCUGCGAGGAGCGGAGCCUGACGGACCAGCACUGCGUGCACAAGUUCCAUCUGCUCCCAAAAGCAGGGGAAAAGCCAGAAGCAGACAGAAAUCCUCCCAUCCUGUACCACAACAGCCGGGCUCGCUCCACUGGGGCCUGUAACUGUGGAAGGAAACAAGCUCCUCGGGAGGACCCCUUUGAUAUCAAAGCAGCUAAUUAUGACUUUUACCAGCUACUGGAAGAAAAGUGCUGUGGGAAACUGGAGCACAUCAACUUUCCCAUAUUUCAGCCGAGCACACCUGAUCCGGCGCCUGCUCGGGAUGAGUCCUCGCCUGCCCCUCCAGAGGGCGAGAUUGAGAAACUUAAAGAGAAGGAACCUCAGACUCAGGGAGAGAGCACAGGCCUGAGCUUAGCCCUCAGCCUGGGCCAGUCCACGGGCAGCCUGGGCACUUACCCCCCCGAUGCCCAGGGUGGAGGGGACAAUGCAGAGAGUCACGGCCAGAGCGGGGACUCCAAAAGUGAGAAGAGGCCGAGCCUGGUGGAUCGCCAGGCGUCCACUGUCGAGUACCUCCCCGGGAUGCUCCAUUCCAACUGCCCCAAAGGCCUCCUGCCCAAGUUCUCCAGCUGGUCACUGGUUAAGCUGGGGCCUGCUAAGGCUUAUAACUUCCACACUGGCUUAGAUCAACAAGGCUUUAUCCCGGGAACAAACUAUUUAAUGCCUUGGGACAUCGUCAUCAGGACGAGAACCGAAGACGAAGGAGACUUGGAUACCAAUUCCUGGCCUGCACCCAACAAGGCUGUUCCUGGAAAAAGGAGCGCGGUUGUGAUGGGAAGAGGGAGGCGGAGAGACGACAUCGCCCGAGCUUUCGUGGGGUUUGAGUACGAAGAUGCCCGUGGGAGGAGGUUCAUGUGUUCGGGGCCCGAUAAAGUCAUGAAGGUGAUGGGAGGGGGGCCAAAGGAAUCUGCCAUCAAAGCCCUCAAUUCCGACAUGCCGCUGUACAUCCUGUCCUCCACCCAGGGGCGAGGCCUCAAACCACACUACGCCCAGUUCAUGAGGCUCUUUGUGGUGGUUCCUGAUGCUCCGCUGCAGAUCACGUUAACGCCUCAGGUUCAGCCAGGGCCACCACCCUGUCCUAUAUUUUACCCUGAGAAGCAGGAAAUUACCCUUCCCUCUGAUGGACUGUGGGUGCUCAGGUUUCCUUACGCCUACGUGACGGAACGUGGACCCUGCUUUCCUCCCAAAGAAAGCCAACAGUUAAUGAGCUACAAAGUUCUCCGGGGAAUACUGAAAGCAGUUACACAAUAAGAGUUGUCCUGGUAGAUUUGGUUUAGGUUAAAAAGACCAUCUUCAAUCCAAUUCCUGGAUUUUGGUUCGUGCUGCCCAAGAGGUGUCACUGCGAUCGUGUGAAGCCCCACUGUAUCUCACUGGAACACAGACUGAAAAUAAAGUCUGAUAGCAAAGCAGAAAAAGGAAUCCGAGACGUGUAAAUUUUCCAUUUAUUAAGUUUUCAUAUGUAAAAAAUAAAUGCUGGUUUUCAUAAAGUACUGAUCCUGUAUUGCUAGAUGUUUUGAUGACAGUGCUUUUCCCCAUCCUAAAUACUUAGGGAUGUUUAAAAAUUAGCAUUGCCUGAAAUCAAGAGCUUCCUCUGUCAUAUUGAGUCAAUGAUGAGCAGAAUUUUUCUCUUCUUCUAAACAAGCUAUUUGUAUGCAGGCAAUAGAUGCUUUUAAUGUGAUAAUGGGAGAAAUAAUUUGUCUUUAAAAAAAGGUACUGCAGUUCUGAUGUGUACUAACAGCCAGAAACCACUUACCUAUAUCAAGUUGAAAUAUCUUGCACUAUUUGUAUUCAUCAAUUAGAUUUUGUUAAAAGGCCAACUUAAUUUCAUAUUUUGGAUUAACAGAUCUCUUUGGAAACUGAACCUGCUUGUAAAUUUUUGGAAAAUGCAGAGGUAAAUAAGCUGGAUCUCUAUAAAAAACUGCAGCUUAAUCGUCUCUAUAGCCUGACUUGUAGUGAUUAAACAGACUUUUGGUUGCUAAAA